AUGAUGAACCAAGAAGACCGAUACCUCGGACCAGACACUUUUUCAGGCAAAUGUGAUGUAUCCUCUCCGCCAACAUCAUGGUUGGUGACGACGGCCAUUGGAAUAACGAAAUAUGCUACGGCUGGAGUUUCAGCUAAUGGCGAUCAGUUCUGUGUAACGAGUACCGCAUUACUGAUUUCGAAGUUAAGCCAUAUCAUUUCCGCUGGAAUUUAUUCCAUUCUUCGUGAUCCAAAAAGUUCAGCUUAUAAUGGAUGUGUCAUGGACGAUCCCCAAAUUCACGUUUGCUUCCCGUUUUGCGAUGCUGAAAAGCAAGAGAUUGCCAUAAAAGCAGCGCUUUCUUCUGGAACUCCUAGUGUCGUUGCUGGCUCCAUUGAGAAGUCGUUGAACAAUCCAGAAUGGGCAAUCACUGUGUUGCAGGUUGAUUUCAAUAACCCGGAAGCACACUUGAAUGUGACGUCCUUUCCUGACCCGAAUGUCUGGUGCAGCGUUUACAUUGGUAUUGAUCCUCGAAUGGGAUUUCCAUAUCUCUUCGAAAUUCAACUCGGCAAAGUGAUUCAAUGA